GUGCGAUGAAGGUAAACCCGAUUGUGCACGAUGUGUCAAAGCUGGGCGGAAAUGUCCGGGGUCUCUCAACAAUGGGCAGGUCAUGUUCGUAUCAAUGAAUGCUGCAGUUAUCGACAAGACACUACUACAGAGAAGCAAUCAGAAGACCAAGAGUUCGACCACAGGUUUAGCGUCAUCUUUAGAUGAAGUUCUGGAGAGGCCGUCUCUGACGAUGCGUCGACCCAAUACUGAUUGGAAUCAGAAUUCAGUUGCUCAUUUCUUCCAUAACUACGUUUCUGCUGUACAGGAUGUCGGUCAUGGCUAUCUGGAAUUCCUGCCAACCUACUACACAAGACAUCGGAACUGUGACGCAUCCAUGCAAAGAGAGUCUAUGAAAUUGUACGGGAGAGCUUUGAAGUCGGUCAGCACUGCCCUGAUGCACCCAAAGGCCUUCAAGUCAGACAUACUGCUGAUUGCGAUUACCCUUCUUCAAAAGCAUGAAGUAAGUCCUUUGCUGUCCUUUGGGUCCUAGAGUUAAUGGGAUUCAGACAUUUAGCGGCAGUGAAAGAGACUCCAGGGGAAUACAUGAACGGGG